ACUCCUUCAAAACCACAUUAUGUUAAGGCUAUCAGUUCCUUCAAUUGCCUUAAAGAAGCAAUUGACUGCUAGCAAUGUCAGUCGAUAUGCAUAUAUGCAAUCUCGCCGAUUGUUGAGUACGCCAAGUGUAGAAACACCAGCCCAACAACGAUGGUCUGAAUUGCCAAAACAGGAUUUCACCCCAGAAGGUGAACCAGAUUAUCUCAAGCUCAUCUUGACUUCGCGAGUAUAUGACGUUGUCGAUGAGGCCGGUACCCCACUUACACACGCCAUUAACUUGUCGCAUCGUUGUGGUGCCAAUAUUUUCAUGAAGCGAGAAGAUCUACUUCCUGUAUUCUCCUUCAAGUUGCGUGGUGCAUACAAUAUGAUUGCCCAUUUGCACGCCAAUUCCAAACAACCAAUUGCCGGGGUCAUUGCUUGUUCGGCUGGUAACCACGCUCAAGGUGUUGCUUAUUCGGCCAAUAAGUUGGAUAUCCCCGCCACCAUCGUCAUGCCUACUCCUACCCCUUCGAUUAAGUACACCAAUGUUUCUCGUUUAGGUUCGCAAGUUGUGUUGUUUGGAGACGAUUUUGAUUCUGCCAAGGGCGAAUGUGCCCGAUUGAGUAGCUUGAAUGGCUUGAUUGACAUCCCCCCAUUUAACCACCCCUAUGUCAUUGCUGGUCAAGGUACCAUUGCCCUUGAGCUCACGAGACAGUUGCGCUUGGAUAAAUUGUCGGCGUUGUUUGUUCCUGUCGGUGGUGGAGGGUUGAUUGCCGGUGUGGCUGUGUACUUGAAGAAGAUUGCUCCUCAUGUCAAGAUUAUCGGGGUGGAAACAUAUGACGCUGAUGCAUUGUAUCAAAGUCUUAAGAAUAAUAAACUGACUGUGUUGGAUAAAGUGGGGUUAUUUGCUGACGGUACCGCAGUCAAGGUUUUGGGUGAUGAAACUUGGAGACUAUGUCAAGGAUUGGUUGAUGAAGUUGUCCGUGUAGACACUGAUGAAUUGUGUGCUGCCAUUAAGGAUAUCUUUGAAGAUACCAGACUGAUUACCGAACCAUCGGGUGCAUUGUCUGUUGCUGGUCUCAAGCGUUAUAUUCAAGACCAUCCGGAAAUCGACCAUCGUGAAAAGACGUACGUUCCUAUUUUGUCUGGUGCCAAUAUGAAUUUCGACAGAUUAAGAUUUGUCAGUGAACGUGCUGUUCUUGGUGAAGGUAAGGAAAUUUCAUUUGCUGUGACCAUUCCAGAAAAGCCAGGUGAGUUUGCCAGGUUGCAAAAGAUAAUUAAUCCAAGAGCCAUUACCGAAUUUUCGUACAGAUGCAGCGGUGAAUCCAAGGCCAACAUUUUUGUGUCCUUCAAUGUCAUUGAUCAAGACCGUGAAAAGUCAACUAUACUUGAAGCCAUGGAAUCUACCGGAUACAAUGUCGUUGAUAUUUCCAAUAACGAACUUGCUAAGUCCCAUGGAAGAUAUCUUGUUGGUGGUAAGUCUCAUGAUCAACGAUACAAGACAGAAAAGAUUUUCCAAUUUGAAUUCCCUGAGAAGCCCAACGCCUUGUUUAAUUUCUUGCAAGCAUUAAAGAGUGACUGGGACAUCAGUUUGUUCAACUACAGAAACCACGGGCACGAUGUUGGUAAGGUCUUGUGUGGGUUUGUGUUGCCCGAGGGUUCGGAAGAAGAGUUCCAAGUAUUUUUGAAGGAGUUGGGCUAUGUCUACGUGGAAGAAACUGACAAUGUGUUCUACCAGAAGUUUUUAAAAAGUGAUUAGAAAAUAAAUAAAUAUAUAUAUGUACAAGAUUAUAUCUAAUCUUUUC